UUGACAGAGAUAGAGAUACGACGUCAUAUUGAUAUAUGGAUGAGGGUUCAGCGCCGCUGGUGUAGUAUUCAUACAGCGGUGGCCUUCUCUCAUUUUCAUUCUCAUUCCGCUGCUACCAUUUUCCGAGGGGCGGCGUUGUUAUCACCGCCGAAUCUGAAUCCGAUCGGCGUGGUUUCUCGCUGCCCUAGUUUUCGUUUUCAUUCUUCUUCGCCGGAGAAGAUGGGUUCGCUGCAGGAGGCAGAGGCGGAGUGGCCGGCGACGAAAGUCAGAGACACCUUCAUCAAUUUCUUUGAAGAGAAGGCGCACGUUAACUGGAAGUCCAGCCCUGUUGUCCCUCUCAAUGAUCCCACUCUUCUCUUUGCCAAUGCUGGUAUGAAUCAGUUCAAGCCUAUCUUCUUAGGAACCGUUGAUCCAAACACUCCCUUGAGUAAACUCACUCGUGCUUGCAACACCCAGAAGUGCAUCCGAGCUGGUGGGAAACACAAUGAUCUCGAUGAUGUUGGGAAAGACACUUACCACCACACAUUCUUUGAGAUGCUAGGUAAUUGGUCAUUUGGGGAUUAUUUCAAAAGAGAAGCCAUUGGAUGGGCUUGGGAGCUUCUUACCAAGGUGUAUAAACUGCCUACUGAUCGGAUUUAUGCCACCUAUUUUGGUGGUGAUGAGAAAGCUGGCCUUGCUGCUGAUGACGAAGCUAGAGGUAUAUGGCUCAAAUUUCUGCCUCCUAGUCGCGUAUUGCCUUUUGGUUGUAAGGACAACUUUUGGGAGAUGGGUGAUACUGGACCUUGUGGACCCUGCACUGAAAUACACUAUGAUCGAAUUGGGAACCGUGACGCUGCAUCAUUGGUUAACAAUGAUGACCCUACGUGCAUCGAGAUAUGGAACCUUGUAUUUAUCCAGUUUAAUAGGGAAGGUGAUGGUUCACUAAAACCUCUGCCUGCUAAACAUGUUGAUACUGGAAUGGGUUUUGAAAGAUUAACUUCUAUUCUCCAGAACAAGAUGAGCAAUUAUGAUACUGAUGUGUUCUUACCCAUCUUUGAUGUUAUCCGACAGGCAACUGGAGCUAAACCAUAUUUGGGUAAAGUUGGAGCAGAUGAUGUUGAUAAAGUUGACAUGGCGUACAGGGUGGUUGCUGACCACAUCAGAACUCUUUCAUUUGCUAUUGCUGAUGGUUCUUGUCCAGGCAACGAGGGGCGUGAAUAUGUUCUGAGGCGUAUUCUCCGCCGUGCUGUACGUUAUGGGACUGAAGUCCUUAAAGCUCAACAAGGAUUCUUCAGUGGGCUUGUAAACAUUGUGGUGAAAGUGAUGGGUGACGUUUUUCCAGAGCUGAAGCAACAUGAAGUGCACAUCAGGGACACAAUUGCAGAGGAGGAAGCAAGUUUUGGCAGGACCUUGCUUAAUGGAAUUGAAAAAUUUAAGAGGACUGCUCAAGAUGUUCAGGGGAGGAUAUUCAGUGGACAGGAUGCUUUUGUCUUGUGGGACACAUAUGGCUUUCCACUAGAUCUGACUCAGUUGAUGGCGGAAGAAAGAGGCUUGGUAGUUGAUGUUGAGGGUUUUAAUAUUGCUAUGAAUGAGGCAAGGGAAAGAUCAAGGAAUGCUCAGAAUAAGCAAGCUGGUGGUACAAUCGUCAUGGAUGCUGAUGCCACCUCUAUAUUGCACAAGAGAAGGGUUGCUGCUACAAAUGACACUUGCAAGUUUACAUGGUUUCAGGAUCACGAGAGUGUGAUAAAAGCUAUUUACACAGGAACGGAGUUCUUGGAAAGUGCUGCUGCUGGCAACGAAGUUGGUAUUAUACUGGAAACUACAAGUUUUUAUGCUGAGCAAGGUGGUCAGAUAUUUGAUACUGGAUCACUCGAAGCCCCCUUUGGAUCAUUUCAAGUUAGUAAUGUUCAAAUUUAUGGAGGCUUCGUUGUUCAUAUUGGUUCUUUUGCUGGUGAGUCUGGCAGGUUCGUUGUGGGUGAUAAAGUAACUUGUAAGGUUGACUAUGAGAGGCGUAAGCUCAUUGCUCCUAACCACACCUGUACACACAUGUUGAAUUUUGCCCUCAGGGAAGUACUUGGUAAUCAUGUUGAUCAGAAGGGAUCCAUAGUCCUUCCUGAAAAAUUGAGAUUUGAUUUCUCUCACGGCAAGCCUGUCAAACCUGAUGAAUUGAGAAAAAUUGAGUGCAUCGUUAAUGAUCAAAUCAAAGCUGAACUGGAUGUAUUUGGGAAGGAGGUAACAUUGGCUGAUGCUAAGCGUAUAAAUGGUUUACGAGCUGUUUUUGGAGAAGUCUAUCCUGACCCAGUCAGGGUGGUUUCAGUUGGUCGAAAAGUGGAGGAUCUUUUGGCUGAUCCAGAAAAUGAAGAGUGGUUUUCAAUUUCAGCAGAGCUUUGUGGAGGGACCCACAUAUCAAAUACACGAGAGGCCAAGGCAUUUGCUCUUUUAUCUGAGGAGGGAAUUGCUAAGGGAAUCCGUAGAGUAACUGCUGUUACAACAGAUUGUGCUUCUAAGGCCAUGGAAGUUGCAUUCUCUCUUGAGCAGGAAAUAAACGAGGCAUCCAAGGCAGAAGGAAGCUUGCUGGAACAGAAAGUAACUUCGUUAAAUGGUCGCGUGGAAUCAGCUCCUAUUCCUGCAGCCAAGAAAGCCGAUCUUAAGGCCAAAAUUUCUGUGCUUCAGAAUCAGGUAAUAAAAGCGAAAAAGAAGAUUGCUGAAGAGAAUAUACAGAAAGCUGUCAAGGUUGCAAUUCAGAUGGCAGAAGUUGCUGCUUCUGAUGAAAAGGCCUUCUGCAUCUCACAUGUGAAUGUUGGUUCAGACACUGCUGCAAUCCGCGAAGCAGUUGUUACAGUAAUGGAGCAGAAGGGGAUGGCUGUUAUGGUUUUCAGCACAGAUGAAACUGCACAGAAGGCUCUUGUGUGUGCUGGGGUACCAGAGAAAGGAGAGAAGUGCAAGCAUUUGAAAGUGUUGGAAUGGUUAGUCGCAUCUUUAAAGCCUCUAAAAGGAAAGGGUGGAGGAGGAAAAGGCGGUCUUGCUCAAGGCCAGGGAACUGAUAUAUCACACAUAGAGGAAGCGAUUGACGUGGCAACAUCUUUUGCGGCAAUGAAAUUGAAGUGAUGAAGAAUGCUCUAGUGUUUGUACGGUGGCAGAGGCACGUCCUCGAUUGUUCAAAGCGAAACAUUCUUGUUGCUUCACACGAUUUAAGCAAAUCUAAUUAAGCAAAUCUAAUUAGGAAUGAAAUAGUGAUUCCUUUCUCUUUUUUAAAAAUUAAGGAAAUAGUGAAGUUGGGGAAAGAAAAUAUUAACAUGGCUAGUAGUAUUAUGGCAACACGAUGAUAUACUUUUAUUAGCCACAUAAGAAAGGGUAAAGGAGCAUUGUUAUUUUUAUUUUUCCCACCUUGUGCAAGUUUGUUUUUUUUCUUAGUUCGUAAUCAUACACGUCUCUUCCGAGACUUGAACUCUUGAUCUCCCUUUGGGAGGUAAGAGGCUGAUACCGUUAGGUCACUUGUCCAUUGUUAUCUUGGCAAGUUCAUAAUUUGAUAUAUUUUAAUUUUUUUUUUUUGUUA